AUGCCAAGAUACAAGAGUUGCGUGUACAAGAUUGCACGGAAGAUCGACAAAAAGAGUUUUUCCAAGCCGCAAGUCGCGACGGGAAUCUCGGCCCACGAACGAAUGCUCAACGGCCCCGAUUACUGGUUCCACACGGAGUUGACCAAUCAUGGACCAAUCGCAGGUGCGUGUGGAGGAGACAAUCGUCCAGCUGUAGUGAUAGUGACAUACUCUCGCUAG